AUGCCUUCAAUGCCUGAUUGCUAUACGUUACACAAUGGUGCAUGGCAGGAAAGCGACGACAAACUUAGGAUAAUUAGCAGAAACGUUUUGGAAGUCAUUAAAAGCGUUUGGCGCGACCCGGCAUUUAAGAAUGAGACAGUAAGUGAGAGUAUGUACUUAAGCCGUAUAAUCGGGCCGGCUAUUCUUACGCUGCUGUCAGAUAAUCCAUUUGGUGAAGAUUUAACGUAUUUUAGUUCUGAGCGCCAAAGUAUCGCGAGAGCAGAUCGAAGAAAUAGAAAGUGUCAAACAGGAAGACGGCCAGACUUGAUGUUAGUUGCAAAAGAUGAUGACAGAACAUACGAAUUACUGUACUUAGAAUGUUCGAAACCUGCAUGCACACGACAAAAAGAGAACGACGAUAAAACGAAGCUAUGGCGCCAUAUGAAUGAUGGACUAUACUGGGUUUAUAAGACUCGUAGACCGGAAAAAGGCCACUUUGGAGUAAUUGGUGUGCAGGUGGCAGGGACAAAGCUUAUUCUAAAGAUCAUGAUAAGAGACAGGCCCGAGGUUCAUUGUUUGUUUAGAUUGCAAGAAACGGUCCAAUUUGCAACCGUUGAAGUGUUAGCAGAUUUUAUGAAAGUCUUGCUAACGAUUCGAAAUAUUUUGAUAAUUAAUGUACAGUUAUUGUACAAUGCGAGAAUACGAAGAUCGCAAAGAAAUGAGGACAGUACGACUGUGACAUCUGAAUAG